UUUCAUUGCAGUUUAUAUGACUAAAUCUCAUAAAGACUGAAACAGAAAUUUGCAGUAUUUCCUCGUCCAAAAAAUAAAAAUGAAAUAUACAUUUUUUGCAGUAAUUUUGUUGUUCAAUAUUACCAAUAGUUCCGCUCAAGACCCUUGGAAGAAAAAAUGCGUGGAUGGGUUUGAACUGCCUUUCUUUAAAGAACGUAAACAUUACGAAGAGGCAAAAAAAUCAUGUGAAGAAUUGGAAGGUUACUUGGCUAAAGUUGAUAAUGAAAGAAUAACUGCAGCUAUUAAAUCAUUAAUCGACAUAAGUGAGACAGAAAUGGGGUUUUUUAUCGGUGGAACCGACAGAGCUAAUGUAGAAGAUUGGAAAUGGCAGGAUGGUACGGAUGUAAAUAUGAGAGGAGAAACGGGAUAUCAAAACUGGUUUGUUAUUUGGUUUAAUUUAUCUUGCAGUAAUAAAAAACUGAGAACAGCGUUUUUAUUUUUCAUGGGACCCUUUACUUCAACGGAAUAUCAGUGUUGGAGAAGCUCGAGUCAUGGAUCCGACUUGAAUCCGACUCACCAUUGA